AACAUUCUUAACAUUUUCUCGACUCAUUAUGUACUUAAAAACCUUCCAUGAUGUCUAAUAGAUUGAAGUGCAUGUUAAAUUGACCGAUUUAAGAUUGAAUACCCCCGAUAUUGCGGUUAAAGUAAUUGUUCUUUGACUGUCUGAAAGUGUUUACCAAAGAUCAGGAACUCUUGUUUCUAUGCCUGUGUACACCUCGCAAGAAGCUUGUGAAAUUGUUGUUUCAAUUCACGCUGCUGGUCCUUUCACAGAUGAUGAACAAUUACACCUGAUUUGUCGUUUGGUUACCAACAUAUACACAUUUCAAAAGAGUGCGCCAUCUCACAGUGUUAUCUGACAUCUCGUGAAGUUACUCUUCCAAUAUAAUUUGAAAGGAAGUAAGACCGGUGGGAACACGAAGACGUCCUCGUCAGCUGUUUGAAAGCAAACGUCCUCCUUGAUACAGCUUUAAGUCGAGCAAAGUUACUUUGCAGCAACCACGAGCCUGGUCGCCACGAGGACCUAUUAUAGUAGUAGUAUCAACAUGAUGUACGCCGUAUCGAUUUUACCGAUCAUACUUUUGUUAGCGGUGUGUCACCAUUCCUUGGGUGCCGAUGAUUUUACGGAGCCAGAGCUUAUUGAAGGCGACAUAAUACUCGAUGAAUCUACAGCAUUUGCUCUGGUUGGCAAAACAGACACGGAAACGCAUCGACGCAAAAGAGACGUCUCUCAAAACACGAUCAAAAUUUGGGAUGAUGCUGUUAUACCGUACGUCAUUUCAGACGACAUGGAUAAAAAAGGAAGACGAGUUAUUCGCAAAGCAAUGCGUAACUUGGCCCGAAAGACAUGUGUAACUUUCAUACCAAAACAAGACAAGCAUACGGAUUAUGUCAGAUUCGUUUCGGGGCAAAAAGGAUGCUACUCUUCCAUUGGUCGCAAAGGUGGAGAGCAACUACUGUCUUUGGGUAAGGGAUGUUUAGAUCGAGGACACGCGAUUCAUGAAGUUAUGCACACGUUAGGAUUCUUUCACGAGCAUUCCAGAUUUGAUCGAGACAAAUAUAUUAAAGUUUUCUGGUGGAAUAUACAAGAAGGAAUGGAGAGGAACUUUUUGAGCUACAGUCAUUACCCUGCAGACUCUCUUAAUGAACCGUACGAUCUGUUUAGCAUCAUGCAUUACGAUAACAAAGCAUUCUCAGGAAACGGCCAAGAUACGAUGCAGUCGAUAAGAGACCCAGGCUUCAGAUUUGGCCGUUUUAGAUCGCUCAGUCACGUGGACAUAAGACAACUGAAAAAGUUGUACAGUUGCACCGCUCGCACGAAAAGUAUGAAAGCAUCGUGUUACAACAGACGAUCGAGGUGCUAUAAGUACGCUGCAAACAGUGACCACUGUGAAGCAAGUUACGACUUUAUGAAGAUCUUUUGCCCUAAAGCGUGUGCUUUUUGUUGAAAAUUACAGCCUGAACAAGAGAGAAGUUUGAAUGUUAGAUAACCGUGGCAGUUUCAGAGAAGCUCCGCAAGAACUUAAUAAGUUUAUCUGCAUGGAACUCAGAUCUAAGCAAAGCACAAGUUAUGACUGUAUAUCGUUGUCAAAAUAGCAAAUGGGAAAACUUGCACUAUUAAAAGAGAUAAAAGCCAUAGUCUGGAAACUCGGCCUGCACAUUUUAACUUGUCCUAUCUGUCUCUUUUCAAACGUUUUUGCAUGUGGUAGGCGAGUAGGAAAUUGACAACAAAUUCUUACAGCUGAGUUUCCAGACCGUAUUUUAAUGGAUGGUUUUCAAGUGACGUCAGAUCGGCCAUAUUUGUGAACAACCUCAGCGGUUCACUGUUCAUGGGUAACAUGGCGGACCUAUUACCCAAAUGAAAACUAUCCAUUGACUAUUUAAUGAAUUAAAACAGAAAGAUUGCACACAUUAUUAAGGAUUGAUAUUGGUUGGCCGUCUUCGGGUGCCGGCGAAAAUAUGAUACGCUUAAAUUCCGGCCGUUAAAUUCCUCUCUUCGGAGUUGGUCUGACAAUAAAAGAAAUAUAUUUAAAUAUGGCGCUAUAAAUAUAGCUUUUAUAUAUGUAUAUGUAUUUAUAUUUAGUUUUAAAAACAGUAAGAACGGAGCCCUAUAUUUAGGCUGCGUUCACAGCGGGACCGGACGAAUUUGGUACCGUGCUCGAAUUGAACUGGUUUCCUCAAAUCUUCAUCAAGUUUCUACCGUGUGAACACCCGAAGCGGACGAAUUGGACCGCGGUUAUAAUUUCGUCCGGUCCAUGUGUGAAGUAGCCUAAGCACACUUGCUAUAAAUUCGCACAAGAAUUGAGGGAAUGUAAUAUAUACUGCUCCGUAUAAUCCGUAUGAAUAUUAUUCAAUGAAUAUAUAUACAUGGGGGAAACGAAAACACUUCAACUGUCCAUGAACCUAAUGUAGGCACAUGCUCAUCAGCAUAGGGUAGGAUAUAAUGAGCUAUAACAAGCUAACUUAGCACGUUAUUUUGUGUAGCUUGGUAAACUAGAGUAAUUGCUAGACUAUUAAGAUGGACCAGGCUGU